AUGGGGCUCUCUACUCCUCAUCCUCUUGAUCCUUUGACGGCACUCGAAGUGAGCCAGACGUCUGCAAUCAUAAAGGCAAGUUUGUGGAAUGGAUCCAGCGGGAUUCAAUUUAAGGUUAUUGAUCUCGCCGAGCCGCCCAAGGAUCUCGUUCUCGACUACUUGCAUAAUGCUGCACCAGCGCCCCCUCGAAAAGCUCGAGUGUACUACCACGUCAAAAACAACACCUCACUCAAACGAUCAAUCGUCAACAUAACCACACAAGCAGUCGAGAGAGAUGAAGAGCUCCCUGGGGUUCAAGGCCCCGUCGACUGGACUGAGUAUGCGGCAGUAAACGACGCAUGCAACGCUCACCCAGAAGUGCUCGCAGAAGUUGCGAAACUCAAACUCCCCAAAAACAUGAGAGUCGUUAACGAUCCUUGGGCUUACGGAACAGAUGACUCUUCUGAGGAGCGUCGGCUGUUCCAGUGCUACAUGUAUGCGGCAAUGAACGACGACCCGCAGGCGAAUCACUACUCUAUUCCCCUCCCCCUGGCGCCUAUUUUUGAUGCCCAUACCCUCGAGCUUGUUCACUUGGAGAAACUACCUCUGGGUACUGACUCUACUCUGGAUAACCCAACACAGCCUUGGGAGCCCGCCCAGGCGGUCGAGUACAGCGCCCAGCUACUAGGCGAUAACGCCCUACGUCAAGACCUCAAGCCUCUCCAAGUCUUGCAGCUACGGGGGCCUUCGUUUGAGGUCAACAGCCGUGCAGUAUCAUGGCAAAAGUGGAAGUUCCAACUAGGCUGGAAUCUCAGAGAAGGUCCUGUACUACACGAUGUACGCUACGACAACCGGUCGCUGUUCUAUCGUGUCUCCAUGAGUGAAAUGACAGUUCCAUACGGCGACCCGCGCUCCCCUUACCACCGCAAGCAAGCGUUCGACCUUGGUGAUUCGGGUUUCGGCCUCACCUCAAACAGCCUUGAGCUCGGGUGCGACUGUCUGGGCCACAUCGCAUACUUCGAUGGCAUUCGCAACACUGCGAACGGAGAUCCAGUGGUCAUGCGCAACGUCGUUUGCAUGCACGAAGUCGACGAUGGCAUCGGGUGGAAGCAUACCAACUGGCGAAACGGAGGUGCCAGCGUGGUCCGAGACCGACAGCUGGUUAUUCAGUGCACUGCAACGGUGGCUAACUACGAGUACAUCCUCGCCUUCGUGCUGGAUCAAGCCGCCAACCUGCACAUCGAGGUGCGUGCCACUGGUAUUGUGUCCACGAUGCCAAUUCGGCAGGGUCUGCAAGUGCCUUGGGGCACUGUCGUGGCCCCCGGAGUGCUGGCUGCAAAUCACCAACAUCUCUUCUGCGUCCGUAUCGACCCGAACCUUGAUGCGAACCGCAAGAACACCAUCGUCUACGACGAUUGCAUACCGGUGCGGAAUGAGCCAGACUUAGACCCCUUCGGUUGCGCCUUUCGCGUCAAACGUACACCAAUUACCAGGCCAGGAGGUUAUGAUCUAGAUCUCACAAAGAAUCGAGUUUACUCGAUCAUCAACGAGUCCCGCACCAACUCUGUGUCUGGAAAGUCUCAUGGAUACAAGUUGCAUGCCAUCCCAAGCCAGAUGCUCAUGAUGGAUACACACACAUUCAAUCAUCGCCGUGGCGUCUUUGCCUCGCGGCCAAUCUGGGUCACCCCUUACCGAGAUGAUGAGCUUUGGGCUGCAGGCGAGUUCACCAACCAGAGCCGUGAGGAUACCGGGCUGGCUGCUUAUGCCGCCGGUGAUGAGAAUGUCCAGAAUGAGGACGUUGUAUUGUGGCACUCAUUCGGUAUCACUCAUGUCACGCGACCAGAAGACUUCCCUGUCAUGCCCGUGGAGAAAAUGUCGAUGGCGUUGAAACCCACAAGCUUCUUUGACUUGAAUCCGGCCAAUGACGUGCCACGCUCAUCUCAAACUAUCAAUAAAUCCACGCUACAUGGCUCGACCAUCAAGGACGAUACCUCGGGUUCUUGCUGUGCAAACAAUAGCUCCGGCGCUAAGCUUUAG